CAGAUGGUCCUAUACCCCCCAUCACUCUGGUGCCCACAAAAGCCACCUGGGACAACGCCACUAGCCAGUGCCACGCGCAGGGAGGUCACAUGCCUGCGGUCAGCUUGAAUGACGUCAGCAGCUUGACCGCGGUCAUCCCUCACAGUAGCCAGGCCUGGGUGGGCGGGAGGAUCACGGACACAGCCUGGACAUGGUCAGACAGCUUUCCGUUCCCCGUCCUGACCUCCAGGUAUGAGAGCACCUCAGACUUGCCGUGUGGCUCCCUCUACAAAGGUGGCCGUCCCAACUCCGAGAUCCUCGUGGUGUUUGACGCCUGCAACCACAUGGCCUCCAUUCUGAAGCAGCCUCUGUGUCAGAACUGCACUGGUCAGACUUGUGAUCUGAUCACAUCCAGCCAGCUGACGUCCUGGGAGUGGGCCGCCCAAGUUUGUGAGGACAAUGGUCUGACUUUAGCCACACCGGCAGUGAGAGAUUUGAGCAAGGCUUUUGUGGGGACUUCGGGGCAAGGGCAGGGGUUCUGGAUAGGACUGCGGAGGACGACAAAACUACAGUGGAUAGAUGGUAGCCAGCUGGACGCCGCAGACUACGAGGGCGUGGUGAGAGAUGAGGGCGGGGACUGUGUGAUGGGCGUGUCUGACGGGAGGGGCGUGGUCAGUCUUGUCACCAGGAGCUGUACAGAGGAGAGCCCGUACCUUUGUCAGACUUAUACUCCAAAUGCAGUUACUACCCCGAAACCAUCAGACGUGGUCACGGGCCAGGUGGUGAUCACGGCCCACGCACCGCGACCUAGACGUCCCCAGACCUGGUCCUACUUCGCCACCCCAAAGACGUGGGCCGAGGCGAAGGUCAAGUGUCAGAACCUCGGGGUCAAUCUGAUUCAAACCCAGAGCAGUGACCUUGGUGACGUCAGCAGCUACGUGCCUGAGGGCUCGAGUGUCUGGACAGCUUCGGAUCUAAAGUUGGAGGCGUUUGACGAGAGGGUGAGCGAUAAAGGUAGAGACUGUGUCGCCAUUGUGAGAGACGCUCAUGGAUUGGCCAAACUACAACUGGAGGACUGUGACAAGGCCAAACCUUUCCUCUGUGGUUGACAAGAGCGAAGGACGAGCAGAGACAGAUGUAAACAGUUAUCUAAUCAAUUCUAGAAAAUAUGAAUUUGAAACGUUGUGACAGGAAGAAAAAGUCUGAUAAAAAUAAUGAUUAAAGAUUUUGCCAUGACAAAAAAA